AGCUGUUUACCCGCGCGCGCAGCACGGGGACAGACCGGAGCAGAACCCGCCCCCGAGCACCGAACCCGCACCGAACCCGCAGACCCGACUCCCGCCCUCCGCCCCGCACCCCCACACCCGAGUCCGGUCCGAGCGCGGCAGACGCGGCAGCACGCUGGAGCCGGACGCGCAGGACGCGCAGGACAUGCCCCAGCGGCGGAAGGAGGCUCGGAAAAAGCGCACGCGCACGGUGAAGAGGUGAGGCGGAUCUGAAACGGAUCUGAAACGGAUCUGAAACGGAACACUUGGCGGAGAAUGUGCAGAGCCAUGAAGCGCAGCGACGCGGAGCGGAAACGCAGCGACGCGGAGCGGAAGCGCCUGUUCCGCGGUAAAGGCCGAGGUAAAGCCGUGAAGAGCGCGCGCAGGUGGACCCCGUGCGUCCCGCGGGUGCCCGUGUCCCUGCGGCCCGUGAACGUGCGCGGGUACCGGGCUAAAGGCAUGCGCGCGCCCGAGAACACGAACCAGUUCCUCAUGACGGAGAAGUACCGCCUGCACGCGCUGCGCUCCGACUCCGUGGACAGCGGCUCUGAGGCGAGCAGCGACACGGAGCUCACGGACAUGGACUCGUAUUUGGGCGCGUGGGAGAACGCGCACGGAGCGCUCCUGGACCCGGAGAGCGCGGAGCACGCGCCGAAGCACGCGCCGGGGCACGCGCAGGAGCGCGCACCGGCGCACUCGGUGCUGUUGUGGGACAUGGACGAGGACAGUGCGCAGUAUUUUCCGUCCGAAGACGAUUUGAACCUGAGCGACAACUUCAUGCACCGAGAUUUCGCCGAGUUCUGCCGAAAGGUGACGGCGUAACCGCAUUACGUCAUUACGCUCUUAUAAACAGUUUACACGUUGUGCACGUGAGGUGCUGUCAGUGGACUGACGGAGUUUUGUUUGGGACAUAGCGACGUCAUAACGGGCAUCUGUUCCUAAUAUUGUGGCCACAGGCGCGAGCUCAUGUUUAGACCAAGAAGGACCAGGUCUUGGUUUAGAUCCAGACACUUCAGUCCCUCCAGUUGUACUUAGUGACGCAGUGACGUCAUCGCGCUGUUCCACUGAACAGAGGCAUUAUAAAUGUGUUAUUCAUGUGUUAUUAACGUGUUAUUCAUGUUUCAUAUUUUGUGUUUGGACCGUAACUCUCGGCACUGUUGUACGUCGUGACGCUGUGACGUCAUCACGUACACUCCAGACAAAACUGUUUUUUAAUGUUUCUGUUCAAGUGCACUUCACUUUGUGUGUAAAGAAUAAAAUAUGUUUUUGUA